AUGGGCAAGAUCACCUUCUACGAGGACCGCCAUUUCCAAGGCCGCUGCUAUGAAUGCAGCAGUGACUGCGCCGACCUGCAGGCCUACUUCAGCCGCUGCAACUCCGUGCGGGUAGACAGUGGCUCCUGGGUCCUGUACGAGCAGCCCAGCUACAAAGGCUACCAGUACUUCCUGCGGCGCGGCGAGUACGCGGACUACCGCCAGUGGAUGGGAAGCAGCGACUCCGUCCGCUCCUGCCGCCUGGUGCCCAGGCACGAAGGCUCCUACCGCAUGAGGAUCUACGAGAGGGAGAACUGUGCCGGGCAGAUGAUGGAGUUCACCGAGGACUGCUCGUCCGUCCACGAGCAAUUCCACCAGCAGGACGUGCUGUCCUGUAACGUCCUGGAGGGCUACUGGGUCCUCUACGAGCAGCCCAACUACCGGGGCCGCCAGUACUUCCUGCGGCCCGGCGAGUACCGGCGCCACACCGAGUGGGGGGCCAGCUCAGCCGUCCUGGGCUCCUUCCGGCGGGCCGUGGAGAGCAGUUAG